UGUCGGCUCGGGCUCGGCGUGUUCGUGUUACCUUACCUGUUCGUUGUGUUGUGUUGUUUAUGACAUUCCUGUCAACGUUUCAGUGUCAAAAAUAUUAAAAUUUGCUUGAUUUACUUGUUCAAUAAUUUGUUAUUUCCAAAAUACUCAAUAAUAAUUUUCAUUUAAGCCUAGGUAUAUAUAUUUUUUACCAACACGUAUAGGUUUUGUACCAUCUCUAGGCCAAUAAUUUAUCUCGAUUAGGCCUAGGUAGUAAGUGUAACUUAGUGUCCCUUCUGUUCAGUGAACUUUUCUAUCAGUUUUUAAAUAUCACCAGAUAAAAUCAAAUCCCUCAUAAUGUCUGGCCAGUGGGAAGUUGUGGGAAAGAACAAAAAAGACAAGCAGUCGGGAAAGAGUAAAAAGCUGUCCAAAGAUGAAAAGAAAAAGUUUGUUGACAAUGCACCGAAAGUGGAAGACCUUAUACCAUUGGCACAAGUGAAGACAUUGUAUUCAGCUUUGGACACCAACAAGGAACUUCCAAAACCUGUUGAAAAGGCUGUAAAAACCAAAGAAAACGAAGCAAAAAAGGCGCAAAAGAAACCUAAGGAAAAGAAAGAGCCUGUGAAAGAAAGUAGGCCACCUAAAACUAUAGAUGCUGCAGUCGCAUUGAUAACCGCAGUUGACGUGCAGAACGUGCUGGAGGUGGGGCAGGCUAGGUUUCCUGACGCACCUCUAGUGUGGCUCAAAGGGUUUGCUUCGUGGCUCAACACCAAACUGCCUGUUGAUCACACGGAUAAUACGUUUACUGCCAAGAGUUGGGAAUACCCUCUGUGUUUGCUACACAAAGAUAUCAGGUCUGUUCUAAAGAAAGCUUUGAAAGAGGUGCCUGAUGCUGCAGUCCAGAUGUUCUUUGAUUACUGCCUUACGUCAAUGGCAAAUGAUAUGACCAAAGGCAGUCCAGUGACGGGAUACAAGAUGUUGCUACAGUUGGUAGCAUCGCAGACUCCAUCUGUCGCGGUGGCAGACCUGGCGAAGGCAGCGACGUUACGUCACUCAUACCAGAACCGUCCCGCUAUCGGAUGCUCGGUGAUGUGGGCGCUUGGACAGGGCGGAUUCAAAGACAUCCUUGCUGGACUUCAGGUGUGGAAGCACGUGAUGUUCCCAGUGUAUCCGUUGAGGAAUUACACACACUUUGUAACAGACUACCUCAAGCAUCUCCUAGCCAGACAUUUAGCCAGCAAAACGAUUACAGCCAAACACUACUUGGACAUUGUAGAUGUGGUUAUUUCCUCAACACAACCAGCGAACCACGAGCUGUGGAGUCACUUGAAGACCUUACAGGAGAUAUUGUGUAACUCCCAGCCCAGCAACUCUCUACACAGUCUGGUGGAGCCGCUGUUGACAAGACUGAGUAGCAACAGCUCACCUCCUCUUAGGCAAGAGCUGGUCAGAUAUCUGUGCCACUGUCUGGCUACGGACACCCAGAGUUGGUCUGAGUGGAGGAGAGUCUACACUAAACUACAACCUCAGUCCGCUAUUCUCCUUAGGCGUCUCAUCUGGCUACGGACACCCAGAGUUGGUCUGAGUGGAGGAGAGUCUACACUAAACUACAACCUCAGUCCGCUAUUCUCCUUAGGCUUCUCAUGUCAGCUGGUCAGAUAUCUGUGCCACUGUCUGGCUACGGACACCCAGAGUUGGUCUGAGUGGAGGAGAGUCUACACUAAACUACAACCUCAGUCCGCUAUUCUCCUUAGGCGUCUCAACGCAGACUGGGAAUCCGUCAGUUCCCAGCUUCCGUUGAAGAAUCUCAAGGAGACUUUGAGGACUUUUAAGGUCACUAACGACGACCUUCACAAGAGCAAGCAGAGAAAUGAAGGCCUGCAGGAGUGCUCUAGGCUUUGUGUGGCUCUUCUUGAAAAAAUCUCUGGAUCCAAGAAAUCAUUCCCUUGGAAAACCAUUGUUUUUGUGGUGUUUUUGGCCGUGGCUGGUGCAGUGGCUUUUGAUUCCAAAGUUCACAACGGAUUCAAAGCAUCCAAAACUGGAGUCUUUCUGAAAGACAUUGGAGCUUUGAAGUACGGUGAACAAGCCUUUGACAGAAUAAAAGAAGUUUCCAUUCAAGGCUACAGAUGGAGUGAAGUGAACGUGCCUCUAUACACCGCCAAGGCCAGGGAACUGCUGGGUCCGUAUGUGUCAGUUGCUGUAGACGCAGUGACGUCUCUCUCUCUACAAGUGAUGGCUGCGGCCAGAGCUGCUGUUCAAUAUUGUGUGGACAAGAAACCAGUCGUGGAGCAAUGGGUUAACCAGUACGCGCCAGGACUUGCACAGACUGUCACGGUUUGGGCUCACAACUGCUGGGAACUCAUCAAACAUUACGGGCUCCAAGCUGGAACUUUGGCGUUAAAAUAUCUCUCUGUAUCAGCCGAAUGGCUCAAAGAGAAUGUUUUUGUGGGAAAAUUUUCUCCAGAAAAUCUUCAGAGAGUUACUCUGGAGGCUCUAAACACCACUCAGGCUUUUGCUAUUCAGACUAUGUCCUGGAUCAACAGCAAAAUGGUUACAACCGGAGCUGAAAAAGUGUAACCGGCAUGCUCGACGCCAUCCCAACAUGUUACGAUGCCACGACGUCGCAUCAAAAUGAUGCAACUGACGUCACAACUCUCACUACACGAGUCAUUCCACAAGACUGCCUUAAGGUUUUGGAUUUGCAUUUCUACUUUUAUUUUUACCACCUUGUAUAUUGUGUAAUAAAGUUGUUUUGAUUA